AUAUAAUUUCCCCGCACAAGAGCAGUAACAUCGCUCAAACCAACCCAAAUGUCGAUCGAAAGUGGAAGCAGCAUCAUCAGCAACAACGCAGAUGAAUUCGCGGUCGGUUGUUUCCUGUCGAUCAGGACAACCUUAGGCGACGAAUUCGAAGGUCAAGUUGUCACCUUUGAUCGAGCAACCAACUUCCUCGGACUCCUCGAAGGUUCCAAACAUGGCCCUCUUCGCAACAUCAGGAUUUUGAGUGCUGAUUAUAUCAAAGAUUUCACCUUUUUAGGUCAGGGUCAUGACCCACUUCCAAUUGAUUCUCAUGUUGACCUUCAUACUCUUCAAUCAAGGGAACUACUUGCCAUUAGACAAGCAGAGGCUGAAGCUGAGAGGAUAGGGGUUGGUGUUUCUAGUGAGGCACAGAUUAUCUUUGAUGCUUUGUCUAAAACGCUUCCAGUCCACUGGGACAAGACCGUCAUAGUUGUGAUGAAUGAGGUUCGUGUCAGCAGUCCUUAUCACUCGGAAUGUGUGAUUGGUGGUACUCCUGCUGCAAACGACCGAGUCAAGAAAGUGCUUGAGUUCGAGAGAAAGAGGUUGCAACUUCGCGGUUAGAAAGAUUGUCUAAGGAAGAAACAUGGAGGAUAUACUUUAUUCGUUUUAUUUUAUAUUAGAUUGACCUUACUUUAAUAGUUUUUUAUUUAUUGCUGUGAUAUUUGCUAAUUUUGUUUUUGAUACAUAAAAAACGCCUUUUGUAGCAUAGUGUCGCAUCUGUUCCUUCGUCUCAUCUUUCCGUUGUAGAUUAGAGAUCCAAAAUCCUUAUUGAUUGUCAUGUUCUGAUCUUCAAGAAU